AAGAAGAGGCGGAGCUGCCCGGGCGAGAGAAGGCGAGGGAGAAAUCUCCGCGUCGGCGCCGUCUCCCCGUUUCCCAGGAUUCCCCUUUGGGCUUCUCCAACGUCGCCCGUGGGAGGGAGCUCGGACGCCCCCCCUGGCAAGAUGCUUUUUAAAGAGACCCUCGCCGUCGUUUUGCUGUGGGCGGUGUUCCCCGCCGAUGCCAGGGAAUCCCGGGGCCACGUUUCUGUUGUCCUCCUGGGCGCCACGGGGGAUUUGGCUAAAAAAUACCUGUGGCAAAGCUUGUUCCAGCUUUACGUUGACGAAGCGACGAACGGGCACACGUUUACUUUCUAUGGGGCCGCUCAGAAGGAGCCCGAGGUGGGGCGGAAGCUGAUGUUUGAUCCCUUGAGAAACCUGGCCUGCUCCCCGGAGGUGCUUCCCAACAGAUGCGCGGUGUUAAAGGACCAGUUCUUGAAAUUGACGGAGUACCACCAGCUCAAAGGGGAAGACGACUACGCCCGUCUCAACCAGGGUAUUCAAACCAGCCUGGCUCAGGAGGAACUGGUGGAAACCGGGCGCAUCUUUUACCUGUCCGUGCCGCCGUUCGCCUACGCCGAAAUUGCCCGGCACAUUAACAGCAGCUGCAGGCCGCCUUCGGGCGCCUGGCUGCGCGUGGUGCUGGAGAAACCGUUCGGCCACAAUUUGACGUCGGCGCAACAGCUGGCAGAAGAGCUCGCCGCCGUCUUCCGCGAAGAGGAGAUUUACCGGGUGGAUCAUUACCUGGGGAAGCAGGUGGUGGCUCACAUUUUACCCUUCCGGAAUCAAAACCGAGAAAAAUUGGACCCACUCUGGAAUCGCCAUCAUGUGGAACGCGUGGAAAUUGUUCUGAAAGAAACUGUGGAUGUCAAAAAUCGCACAGAGUUUUACGAGCAGUAUGGCGUCCUCCGCGACAUGCACCAGAACCACCUGACCGAAAUCCUGAUGUCUCUCGCCAUGGAGCUACCAGCCAACCUCACCAACUCGGAAGAAGUCCUCCGGAGCAAGCUCGGGGCUUUCUCCAGCUUGCGAAGCUUGGAAAAAACCAGCGCCGUGAUUGGCCAGUACGCGGCGUACAGCGCCCACGUGAAGGAGGAGCUUCAGAAGGAGCAGGACUAUUUCACCAAGACGCCAACGUUUGCAGGGGUCCUCGUUCAUUUGGACAAUCUACGCUGGGAAGGGGUACCGUUCGUCCUGACGUCCGGCAAAGUCCUCGACGAGCGGGCCAGCUACGUCCGCAUCCUGUUCAGAAACCAGGCGCACUGCGUCCAGACCGAGAGUGCCUGGGAGGCCGGACGCAGCUAUUGCAAGCCGAAACAGAUCGUCUUCUCCAUCGGGGGCGGAGAGCUGGAUUCACCCGCGAUCCUGGUUAGCCGCAACCUUUUUCAGCCGGCCAUGCCCCGCGGCGCCUGGAAAGAGUUCUUGGACCGCCCACAGCUCCGCCUUUGGGGCCAAAGUCUCUCCGAUUAUCACGUCUACGUCCCCGCUACCCAGCGGGACGCUUAUUCCUUCCUGCUCUCGGCGAUCUUCCACGGGAGGAAGGAAUCCUUCAUCACCACAGAGAAUCUGCUGGCCUCGUGGGCCUUUUGGUCUCCGUUGCUGGAUCAGCUGAGCCGCCAAUUGCCCCGCCUGUAUCCCGGAGGCCCAGAAAACGGGGCCCUGUUGGAUUUCGAGAUGAUCGGCAAGGAAGUGGCUUUCCUAACUAGAGAGACUCUGGAGGUGAUCGACGCUGAGGAUAAAUACACCGCCGACCGAUUCCAGACCCUGCUCUCCACCUUUCGGGAGAGCCGGUUGGUUACUGCCUGGGCCGACGACCUCGUUGGCCGCCUGGCGUCCGACAUAGAGACCACGGCGCUCGACGCCAUCCGGCGGCGCAGCGAGUUCCACUUGGCGCUUUCCGGCGGCUCGAGCCCCUUGGCCUUGUUCCGGCAACUCAGCAGGCAUCACUACGGCUUCCCGUGGAAGCAGACUCACUUAUGGAUGGUGGACGAGCGCUGCGUCCCGCUGGCCGACCCGGAAUCGAAUUUCGGGCACCUCCACCACCACUUGCUCCGGCACAUCCGCAUCCCUUAUUUCAACAUCCACCCGAUGCCUGUGCACCUCAACCGGAGGCUCUGCGUGGAAGGCGACCGAGGGCCGGAGCUUUACGCCAACGAGAUCGGGGCCUUGGUAGCCAACUCCAGCUUCGACCUGGUUCUCCUGGGAAUGGGCACCGACGGGCACACGGCUUCUCUCUUCCCCUACUCGGCCGGCCUUGAAGGAGACCAGGGUGUCAUCUUCGCCGAGAGCCCCGCCAAACCGCACCAGCGUAUGACGGUCACUCUGCCACUUAUCAACAAAGCCAGACAAGUGUCCAUCUUGGUGAUGGGGAAAAGCAAACACGAGACGGUCUCGAUUGUCAGCCGGUCAGGAAACGACGCCGAGAAAUGGCCAAUAUCGGGGGUGAAGCCCCAAAAAGGCCAAGUAUCCUGGUAUAUCGAUUACGAAGCCUUAAUGGGGUGAUUCUUUCUGAAACUGUGGCGUUACUCAGCAGAAAAACUUGAGGGUGUGGUGUGAAAAUUGUCUGGGGGAUGAAUUGAGGGGGCAAAAAAAAAAUCCUUCAGGAUGUGGUGUGAAAAUUGUCUGGGGGGAUGAAUUGAGGGGGCAAAAAAUUACUCAAUGGACCACCGCUGUUCAGGUUGUUUUUCUUCCCAUUAAAUUGUCUUAGUAACAGCCAAACCAGGUUUUCUCACCACCCAGGAAGUGGCCUAAUUUCCUGUUCAUCUCUCAGGUUUGGGGAGCCUGUGUAAAGCUUCAUUGAAAGAACAUCCAAUGUUUGGUGGCUGCUUCCUCUUCCCUUUAUUAAUUUAACUAAUUCUUGUUAAUUGAGCCGUCGGAGGUGGCAUUCGUUACCGCACCUUGUGGUGCUGAGUUCCCCUGGCUGAGGUUGCUUUUCAAGUGGGAAAUCAAGAAAGAGGUAGGAAAUAUUUUAUAAACUUCUUUCCUACCUUCCUAGCCAAGGAACAAGUUUGCUGAGUGCCUCAGUUUCCCUCCCUUCGGGCAUUAUUUAAACAACCCCGGGAAGCUUUCAAGUGGAAAAAUUGGGAGAAGUAGGAAAUAUAUUUUUUUCCAGUUCUUUUUCUACCUUCCCAGUCAAGGAACAACUUUGCUGUGUGCCUCAGUUUCUCCCUUUGGGAGUCAUUUAAACAACCUACCUCGCAGAACUACCUGCCAUUCAAUCCCAGGUAAAAAUAUAUACAGACUGCAGUGGAAAGAUAUCGACUGCCAGAAAUUCAGUUUUGAGAUAAAAAUUAGUUUAACUGAGCGGGUUUAUCGAUGUUCAGCUGUGGGCCAACAUCAGGCUCCUUUUGCGUAUGGAAAAAGGCAGGUUGGUUUUGACCUGUAGAGGUUGGGCUGAGUUCCGGAAAAAAAAAUGCACUUCUAAGCAGACAAAAUGUUGCUAACUUUUCUGGUGUCCCUCCGAUUCAAAUCAGCAUAAUUCUGCUCUGGAUCGGAGAUUUUAUCUUGCAAUCUAGUUUUGAUUUGGUGUCAAACCAGUUGCUGAAACUGACUUGGGGCAACUGGGGGGAAAAAAAAUAGAGAAAUGUAAUUUUACCACCAGGUGGUGCCCUUUCCUAAUUCUGGAUAGAAUGUUUUGCAAAAAAAAAAAAAAAACAGAAACAGCAAACAACAGACAGUGGGGGAUGAUAGGGAUUGUAAUCCUUGAAGCCCAGAGGGCAGCAAUUUAUAGAAGGGUACACUAGCAUAAAAAAAAUGGGACAAACCAUGUUUCUUUUUCUGAAUUUAAACUAGAGAUGGUUGAAGUUUGAUGGAAUUAUUGCAAUAAUCAGAAAGUGCCUUAAAGAGCUGUUUUCCUGCUAGGGUGUUUUCAAACACGGCCACUUUAAGGGGUGUGGACUUCAACUCCCAGAAUUCCCAAGCCAGCCUGGAGAAUUCUGGGAGUUGGGGGGGUCCGCACCCCUUAAAGUGGCCGUGUUAAAAAAAAUUCAAUUUAAACCAAUGUUUCCCACGUGUGAUUUUCAAUAACUACUGAUAUUUUUCAACAUCUUCCUGUUUUGUCCAAAAGGAUCAAUGUUCAGUAUUUAUACGCCUGAAAUAAGUGGUGUUUUUUUAAAAAAAAUUUGUACAAGAAAAUUGUAAUAAAUUGUUCGGCUCUGU